AUGUUAAAAGACCAGUGCGGUGUUUUUCGGUGUAAAAAUGUAACGUUUAUCUGUUGUUAUUUAUUGUUGAUAACUUUUACGUUUACUGGUAUAUAUGCGCAACAAUCGAAAACUCGGAAAAAAGAACCUGAAUCUAUAUCGGAUUUAUUUAAUACCAGUUCCUGCAUCCCGAAACCGUACAGGUGUCCUCAUAAGCAAAUACAAUUUUUUCUUUAUACAAGACGCACCCAACAAAACCCAGAACUCAUAGACACGACCAGAGAUGAUUCGUUGUUCAACAGCCAGUUCAAUAGAGCCUAUCCCACCAAAGUAGUCAUCCACGGCUUCGGCGGGGGUAGAAUGUUCGCUCCCAGCACUGAUAUGAGGGAUGCCUACUUUUAUCGAGGAAAUUAUAAUGUUAUCAUUGUGGAUUAUGGCACCCUUGUGAAGGAACCGUGUUUAAAACAAAUGGCUUGGGCACCGAGAUUUUGCGCCAAAUGCAUAGCACAGCUGGUCGAUUACUUAUCUCGACAUCCUAGAGGAGUAAGAGCUGAUGAACUCCACGUUAUAGGAUACAGCAUUGGCGCGCAUAUCGGGGGACUGGUAGCCAAUUACUUGAAUCCUGAUAAGCACGGAAAACUCGGCAGGAUCACAGGGUUGGAUCCAACUAUAUUCUUCUACAUGGGUCAAAACUCGUCCAGAGAUCUCGAUUCCACAGACGCGCAUUUCGUUGACGUCCUUCACACAGGAGCAGGAGUUUUGGGACAAUGGGGUCCCACGGGACACGCAGAUUUCUAUAUUAAUGGCGGAUCCAGUCAGCCUGGAUGUCGCAGUGAUACUAUUUUUAAUACUUUAGCCUGUGAUCAUACGAAAGUAACGCCAUAUUUCAUAGAGUCUAUAAUCACUAAAAAUGGUUUUUGGGCUUAUCCUUGUCCGACGCUUCUUAGUUUCAUGAUUGGUUGGUGCAAUCCUGAAGACCAAGAGUACGUGCUUAUGGGCGAACACGUCACUCAUAAUGCAAGAGGAGUCUACUACGUCAGGACAAAUCCCAAACCGCCCUAUUCAUUGGGACCUCCAGAGCAUUUACAAAUGAAAGCGUUGCAAUAUAUAAAAAAUAUUGCGAGAACCAGGUGA